AUGCCUAGUUUGGAGCCAAUUGACCGAUUGAGCUACAUCUCACUCAUCACCAAUGACCAGGAAAAGUUUCUCAAACUGUUCAAGUUUUACUCGGACUUGGGGUUCAGGUUGACCAAGUCCUUUUCUCGGGUAUCACCUCACGGGGCGUCUGCCGCAAGCAUGCCUCAAUUGCAAUUGGGUGUGUCUCACGAUUCGUUGAGGGAAGCCUGGUUGGAGUCGUAUCCACUACAAGAUUUAGAUGAAAAUGGCUAUUUGCGGCCCUGGCAAGAAUUGAGUGUUUACUACGGAGACAAUUGCGAAAAACUUUCAGAGUCAACAAUCAUUAAGCUCCGAUUGUCAAACGAAGAGCCAGUGUCUGCAACCUGUUCUAAAAAGCUAGUCUUUUUCAGCACUGAGUUGAAGAAAGUUAAGCAAAUCUUGCACCACGCUAAAGCCAACGCCGAAAUGGUGGGUUCAAAUGAGAUUCAAGUGAAGGACCCAUUGGGGAAUCUCUUGAGUUUUUCAAAUCGCAAAAACCCCUUGUCCAAUAAAAGGUAUGACUCCGCCACGGAUUACAUUGGAGAGAAAACCAGGGAGAUUUUACUGGGUAAAGGAUACUUGCAAGACCCCAAGCUCAAGUUCAGAUCGGAAAUCAGUCUAGCUAUUGAAGAAAAAGAGACAAAGGCAUUUGACGAUAAAAACGGCAAUGAGACUGUCAAGAAAAAGAAAAUUGCCGUGAUGACCUCUGGUGGUGAUGCUCCAGGGAUGAACCCUGCAGUUCGAGCCGUGGUUAGAGCAGGUAUAUUCUAUGGAUGCGACGUGUUUGCCGUGUAUGAAGGCUACGAAGGCUUGGUCAAGGGAGGAGAGUUGUUGAAGCAAAUGGAGUGGACCAAUGUGCGUUCGUUUUUGUCCUUGGGCGGUACUGCAAUUGGAACCGCGAGAUGCAAGGAGUUUAGAGAGCGCGCGGGAAGAUUGCACGCUGCUUACAAUAUGGUCACCAACGGUAUUGACGCAUUGGUUGUGUGCGGAGGCGAUGGUUCCUUGACUGGUGCCGACUUGUUUAGAAGCGAGUGGCCUUCGUUAGUGAAGGAAUUGAUUGAAACGGGGCGAUUGACCAAGGAGCAAGCUUUACCCUAUCAGCAUCUCACCAUUGUAGGAUUGGUUGGCUCAAUCGAUAACGACAUGUCUGGAACUGAUGUUACCAUUGGUGCUUAUUCUGCCUUGGAGAGAAUCGUGGAAAUGGUGGACUACAUUGGAGCCACGGCAUCGUCGCAUUCGCGAGCCUUUGUUGUUGAGGUCAUGGGAAGGCAUUGUGGUUGGUUGGCCCUCUUGGCAGGUAUCGCCACGGGGGCAGACUAUAUUUUUAUUCCCGAAAGACCGCCAAAGGCUGGUGAAUGGGAAAAGGAGUUGACCGAGAUCUGUGCUAGACACAGGGACUAUGGAAGAAGGAAAACCACCGUUAUUGUGGCUGAAGGUGCCAUUGAUGACGAGUUGAACCCCAUCAAGUCGGAUGACGUGAAAAAGGUUUUGGUUGAUUUGGGAUUGGAUACCAGAGUCACCAUUUUGGGCCACGUGCAAAGAGGUGGUACUGCUGUGGCAUUUGAUAGAAGGUUGGCAACGUUGCAAGGUGUCGAGGCCAUCAAGGCCGUCUUGGAGUUGACUCCAGAGACCCCUUCCCCUAUGAUUGGAAUCUUGAAGAACAAAAUCGUGAGGUAUCCCUUGGUUGAAGCCGUUAAGCAGACGAAGGAAGUGGCAGAAGCUAUUGAAAAUAAGGAUUUCGAUAAGGCAAUGAGUUUAAGAGACACUUCGUUUUUCGAUGCUUACAACUAUUUCCGUUCCAUUUCAUACUAUGACGACAGAUCGCACCAAUUGCUGGAGAAUCGAAGACUCAACAUUGCUGUGGUUCACGUGGGUGCUGCAUCAGCCGGAUUGAACGCAGCCACCAGGGCCAUUGUGUUGAACAGUAUCGCGCGUGGCCACACCUUGUAUGCUGUGCAAGAUGGAUUCUCUGGCUUGGACCAGGGCAACAUGAAGCAAUUGGGAUGGUUAGACGUUGAAGGGUGGCACAAUCGAGGCGGCAGUGAAAUCGGUACCAAUCGCACCUUGCCCUCGCAAAACUAUGGUAAAGUUGCUUACAAUUUACAAAAAUUCAACAUUCAAGGCUUGAUCAUUAUCGGAGGCUUUGAAGCUUUUACAGCUUUACAUCAAUUGCAUGAAGAAAAAGUCAAUUAUCCAAUCUUUGACAUUCCCAUGGUGGUAGUGCCAGCCACGGUGUCCAAUAACGUUCCCGGCUCGGAGUACUCGCUCGGGUCAGACACAUGUUUGAACCAAUUGGUGACGUAUUGCGAUGCCGUGAUGCAGUCAGCGUCAUCGAGUCGUAGACGAGUGUUUGUGGUUGAAGUGCAAGGGGGCCACUCGGGUUACGUUGCAUCCUACUGUGGGCUAAUCACCGGUGCAUUAGCUACAUACACCCCCGAGGCCAAGAUCAACCUUCGCGAAUUACACCAGGACAUUGCCCUUUUGUUUAAAGUUUUCCAAGCCGAUCGCGGGGAAGACCAUAACGGGAAACUAGUUGUUCGAAACGAGCAGGCAUCGCUGGUUUACUCAACGCAAUUGAUUGCAGAUAUAAUCAAGGAAAAUGCCAAUAAUCGGUUUGAAACGCGUACCGCGAUCCCGGGCCACGUUCAGCAAGGUUACACCCCCACGGCCAACGACCGUGUUAUGGCAGUCAAGUUUGCGCUCAAGGCUAUGGAGUUUAUUGAAGAGUGGAACAAAUGCACCGACAACGUUGACCACAUUGUUAGUGUUGGAGACUCGGAAGUCGAACAACACCAAGCCGUGGUCAUUGGCAUCAAGGGCGAUUUGUUGGAGUUUACUAGCGUGAAGCAUUUGUACGACACGGAAGCGAAUGUAGAGUUGCGCAAAGGUAAGACUGUGCAUUGGAAGGACAUGAUUGAAGUUGAAGACAUGUUGAGUGGAAAGACCUUGCUCAAGUUGAGACAGGAGUUGAGCUAA